AUGUUAAUUAUAUAAUUAAAGCUUAAAAUUACUAAACAAACUAUUAGAAAAAUAACCUAAAGGAUUUAGUAAGACUAUAAGAUUGAUUUAGAGGAAAGAAACCCUAAAAAGGUAUAUUAAUAUAAUAAUUUAUAGGGAAAUCGUAUCUUGAAUAAAUUGAAAACAUUUUUUAUUAUUAAAUUUUGCAAACUUACUUUAAUAACAAAUUGUUUAAUUAUUGAAUGA